CGCGCUCACAGUCGUCGUGGAAAAGCCCCGCGGAGUGAGGCUCGCUUGGUGCCGCGAGAGUGCCGUGCCGCGCGAGCUAGCGCGCAAAAGUGAGGUUAGGUUGUGCGCCAGAUAUGUUUCCCAUAAGCGGUCGGCAGCUGCGUCGGCGAAGCGCUUUGAUGACGAGCCGGUAGCCACGGCGAGCGUGAGCCAGCCUCUUUGCUAAUGGUCUUAUAUCUUGAAUAUGCGACCACUCGCCGUACGAGCAAUUGAACGAGCCCAAGAGGUUGAAAUUAGCCAUGACCAGUAAUAAGUGGCACCUUGUAUCGAAGUUCAGCAUAGAAAGGUCAGCAGCACGCGCUUGUCGCGACAGAUAGAAUGAGUGGGCCUCAACCACCCAGCGAACGCCUUUUCAACGAAAAUUCUCCCAGGCCCCCUGUUCCUGGUGAGGAAGGGGAAGUAAAGAUCAGCAGUAGCAGGUCGAAGGAUCCGCAAGCGAGGCGUUCAAGUUGCGAUGCCAGCUGCGCGCCACUUGGCUACGAGCCGGAGGGUCGCAGUGACCGCGUCGUCGUCAUGGAACGAUCAGCAGCAGAGUCAUCCUCGUCGUCGUGUGGCAACAAUAGCAGUUGCGCCCAGCAGCUCGCUUGUUUGCAAUGGUCGCGAAGCUUGCACGCGUUGCUCGAGGAUCCCAAGGGACUCGAGUUGUUUGAACACUACCUACAUCAAGAAGGACACAUCUACGCGUUGUCGUUCUGGUUUGCGUGCGAGGGCCUCAAAGAGGAACGCGACCCGAACAAACUCACUGCCAUUAUUAAGGUUCUCAUCAGAAGAUUCUUCCAUCAACGUCAACAGCUAGCGGUGCCAGACGACGUACGGAAGGAGCUGACGCGACGCUAUCGUGAUGGCCAGUCCGACAAGCGUAUGUUCGACUUGGCGCAGAAGGAAGUCGAGAGACUGCUCAAGGAGACGGCACAUCCCAAUUUCCUGCGCUCCGACGUAUAUCUGCAAUACGUGCGCUGGUGUCAAUCUGCUGAAGAAGCAGUCAACGCUGCUAACAGUGCUCUCGAUGAUGCCGAGCACGAGGACGACAAAGAGUGCCCGAGCUCGCCGGACGAGCCUUCUGUUUCCUGCUCUGCUAAUCCACUGCCUACUGUGCACGAAGACAGCGAACUGACCCCACAGCAUCAUCAUCCGUCGCACCACCAUCAUCAGUCACAGCAUUCGUAUCAUCAACAUCAUCACAAUCCUCAGCAACCAGUGCUACAUCAUCAUCACGGAUCGCAAUCGAGCGUUUCCACGACUGAUUAUAACAAGCAAGGAGAGCCUUCGAUGAGACUGACCAAAGACAUGCUCAUGGCCACACAGCAGUUUAGGGCCUUCGAGGUCAGGCCUAAACCCGAGGCCUAUGCUGGCAUUUACCUGCAACCCGGAGCUAGUCCCUAUCAUGCGGCGAUGCAGAGGCGUCCACAGUACUCUUCGUAUAAUCCUGUCUCAAGACAGGAUUCAGAACUGCAAAGCCUCAGCAGCGACGCUCGCACCGAGUCUGACAAUUUGUCGCUCACUGAUGCGUCACUUGAUAGUGCAUCGAUAGCGAGGCGCUCUACGCGUAAACAGUUUCUUCGGCACAGCCAGCAGAUGAAGAAAUCGGCAAUGGUCAAUCGCGAAACCGACAUUCACGAAACGAUAAUUCCGAGGACGCAACGAGUAACGCGCGAGCAAACGCAACCGAAGAACCCUGUAGAAUUCGCCAAACUUCUCAUUGAGAAGCUCGAACGGGUGAAGCGCGACAGGGAUAACGAGGAGACACUCGAUAGAAAACUCAAGGAGGUCGAUGCUGCUUCUUCCACUGGUUUCAGCGAUAUCACGUGUGACACAUUAAGCACCGUCGUUCCUCAAACUGUUGCCCCUGCUCGUAGUUUAGCUGAUGCGCUGCGCGAGAAGCUGCAAGUUGAGGAGGACAGCGAUCAAGCGAUUCUCGAUCAACAUGUUUCUAGAGUUUGGUCAGACCUAACGCCAUCGCGAUCACCUAAACUCGCUUCUCCCAGACCACGAUCACCUGACAAAUGCCGUCGUCAAUCGCAAAUUUCACCUCAACCGCAAGUCUAUCCGUCGAGACCACCGUCCUAUCGAAGUCAGCGAAAAGAGAAAGAUGUAUUCUCAACGUUCUCUGGUGACAGUGGCAAUGUGCAUGACUUCCAAGAGCCCAGCGAGAUAUAUAACGCUGGUAGUAUGAGUAGUUUGGGCUCGCAUCUGCCCAAGAGCAAAUCCGUGCCGUCUGAUUACGCGGAUUCUUUGCACACUCAGGAUCUGUACUUGCAAGGUCAAGAUCAGAGGUACAGAAGACUGGACGCCCAACGAUCGUCAGCGACGAAAAAAUCCAUGACCGAACUGACAGACAGUGGUGUCUCGGUAAUAAGUGAUGCAACGUCGGCAGCAUACAAAGAUCGUUUAAUUAGCUUGUACAAAAAAGAGGGCAGUUGUGUGAGUGGCGUUAAGGCAGAAACGAUGAACGUCAACAAGCUCAACCGCAACAAAAAAUUCGCCAACUCGCCACAGCAGCCGUUCAUUGGUGAUCCGGGUAUGCCUCUCCUUCCGCAACCGCAUACGGCGACGCAGUUGGAGGAAGCCAAAAGGCGACUAGAAUACGAACAAUAUGAACAGAAUCGUGGUAAACAGCAGCGUUAUCCUGGUGAAUCGAUGCCUACGUCGGUUCAAACAAGUACUGCAAGCAAUCAGUCUACUCUUAGGCGAGAAGGCAAGCAAGAAGUUCCAAGUGACUUCACCACUGUCGUGUUCAGCUUUUGCGACGAGAAGGUGCCCUACAGGACCAAGAUUUCCGGUUAUAAUGUAACAUUGAAGCAGUUCAAGGACGUUCUUCCGAAGAAAGGCAGCUAUAGGUACUUCUUCAAGACCGAAUGUGAAGACUUGGACAUGCAAGUUAUACAGGAAGAGAUAACCGACGAUAGCGAGGUAUUGCCAUUAUGGGAGGGCAAAAUUAUGGCCCAAGUUAAGGCGCUUGAAUGAACCGACUUCCCCGCUGUGUAAACUUCCUCCUUAUCAUUCGCUUUUCUGCAUUGAUCGUUGAUAAAACGACGUGUGUAGAGAAAGCGCGUGCUUCCCUCAACGAGAGAUAGCAAGGGGUUAAUUACUUGCUCGUUAUCACUUACCGGAUUUUUUUAACGACUUUUUUUAUUCGAGAAAACGAAGUGUUAAACGAAGCUUUUGAUUGAGAUACUUUUACUUUUUGGAUGCCUACAUGGGCUAAAAACUUUUUGUUUACAAACAUUUGUACAAUUGUCAUACAUCGUCAGAAAAUUUUGAAUCUUUAAAUGAUAUAAUGUUUGUUAAAAAAUACUCCAUGUCGAGUAUUAUCAAUAGUAGUAUUAGAACAUUGACACUAAAAUAAUCAUCUCUUUUAGAAAUUAAGGAUAGAUGUUGAAACAGUAUAAAACCGUUGACAGUUUUAACUUGCUUUCCUCAUAUAGAAAAACAAAAGUAUUUAUAUCGAAAGCUUCGUAGAAAAAAAUGUAUAUAAUUAUUAUAAUAUGACCGAAAAAUAUAUUUGCGAUAAAGCUCCGUUACUGAGUCGCAAGAAAGCCGAAGGCCUCAAUCGACGUUUUAUUUUUCUCCCCUCUCGAAAGACUUAUUUACAAUUAAUCGUCUUUGACCGACUGAACAGAAAAGCCUAAGUAGUUAAUCGCCUUAUCGAGGUCUGCCUAGAUUUGAUAUAGGGAAAAAAAGAAUUAUACAAGGAAGUGACAAAAAAAAUGGUUUUAGUCGAUAAGGUUAUAGAAAUUAUGUAUAUUAUAUAUACAUACAUUAUCUAAGUUAUAUAUAAUAUGUAAUAUAUAUAUAUAUAUAUAUAUACACAUAUAUAUACAUACACACACACACACACACAGUGUGAGUUUGAGGGGAGAGUCAUAUCGACGAAAAUCGUGCCGCGUCUUUUUAUGUAAAAUAAUGAACCGAUAACGCAUUCUUUCAUGAACAAAUCAAUGAACAAAAUGAAACACACGAUCGUCGAGUUGUCACUCUAGUCAUAAUGUUUGUUUGUAAAACGUGAUCGAUAGGAAGCUUUUUUAUAUGCCACAAAGAAGAUUAAAUUAUUAAUGAAAAUUUGCAGGAUUUAGUGACUGGAGUAACAACUCAAUGGUUUGAUGCGAUAUGUGCCUUUUUCAAGUACGCGGCUGUGCGUUCCGUUCUCUCAGUUGAGUUUUCUUUUCUUUUCUUUUCAUUUAUGUAAAGACGAACGAAGAGAAAGAGAAAGAAAAUGGUAUUGCGUAACGAUUUUUGUACCUAGUAUUAUUUUAGAUGAGAAAAAGAGAUUGUUUCACGGAGGAGUAAACUGUAUAAAAAAGACUUUUAUCGUGUUGAAACAGCGCGUUUCUUUCUUUAUAUACAUUUGUACAAAAAUAAAAACAAAAAGCGUUUAGUUUUUAUCUUACGUUUCUCACCUGUACAAAAGAAAUGCAUAGCGACUUUUUAUAUUACUCUACAUCUUGAUUAUACGAUUAAUUUUUUUAAUUAUCGAUUGUUCCUGUACCACCCUUCCUCCCCUAAUUAUUAUUAUUGUAUAUCAAGAAAGCAUUGAGAAUAAUAAUAAUAACGCAAUUUUCACUCUAAGCAACGACUUUGUACAUAACGAAAAAACAAUCCAUAUGUUGAUAAAGAAACCCUUGGAUUUCCCACCCUUGAACGAAAAACGAUGCAAGUUUUAAUUGAUAUUGUAAGUAAUUUUAUACGAGUAGCUUCUAAAUAAUGACGUGCUAAACAAACAACGGGUUAACAUACAACCGCAUCUUUUGU